AUGAUACUGCGGAAAGCCACCGACGAGUACGCUAGAGAGAGCAACGUUAUAGUGUUUGACCAGGCGAACGGCAGAGCUCCGUUGACGUUUUCGGACCCAGUGGUGGAGUGGAAAGACAAAGUGCCCCCCGUACUCGUCGCUUUUCUGGACGAGCUCGCUUACCCUUCGAUGGAGGAUGCCAAUGGUGACGGCGUGGCAACGGCGCGAGCCAGCCGCCAAUGCCUAUUAGCGGGAGUGCUGACAUCGUUUGCCCACGACACUUGGUACAAGAAUGCCAACAUCUUGGGCCUCUUCCUCAAGGACCAGGGGAUGCAACGGGAUGGGUUGGAUUUCCUGGCGAACAGCUUGAAGAUCACCCAAACCGACAACCAUUUGUGGAAGUUGCGAACGAGAUUGGCGGACAUCCUUGGCACUGAAACCGAGAUGAAGAAGCUGGUUCCUCUGACAGCGGCACUAGUGGCAGCGAGUUUCGACAAUCUCAAUCUAGAUGUGUUGAGGCACUGGGGAAAAGGUGGACACGUCGAUCUCAUCGCUGCCAUAGCUUACUUCCCUGUUUUGGCAAGUCGGGGAAAGGUUGCCGAGCUUUCGUUCGUCCCCCCUCGCCUAGACUUUGCCCGCGAUUUCGGGGUCGAGAAUGAACGGCUUUUGGCUAUCUGGAGUCAGUUUCGGCAUCGAGUUGUUGCGUGCGUGCGUCGUGAUUCAGCCAAGUCGGACGGGGACUUCGAGGUUCAGGUGGCCAGACAGGUCAUCAGUGACGCGGAUGCAGAGCGCAUGGUGGGCGUUGAGGGCCGUCGUGUACCGUCGGACGUGAAGACGACCUACCUUGGAGUGAUCAAAUCAGGAACGAAAACCCUACCCGACAUCAUAGACUACCUGGACGGGCUGAAGCAAGUUUUGCAUGUGGGCGCAGAAAACGGAAGGAGGCGUGCAGUCAUUGUAGGUGACCAGGAAACGUUUAACCUUUUGCACAAGGCCAAGCAAAAGUAUGAGGUCAAGUUUGCUUGGGCGAUCCCUUGGGUUGGCGACUGGCACCUCCUUGAGCACACGCUGGACGUUAUGUUCCUGAAAUGGGGCGGGUUCGGCAUCAUACCAUUGGCCAAGCUGAGUGAUUGCUACAACAACAAGUUGGAGAAGAGGGACUACCACAAUCGGCACAACGUGUUCGUCGGGGUAUUGGAAGCGGUGUGGAAAGCCUGUAUUAGCGAGGUGGGGGGUUCGAGCGCGUCCGCUAUGAGCAACGAGCAGGUUAUCGCAGAGCUGCUCGUGUAUACGACUGACCGGACGAAACACAAGACGUUUGGACAGUGGGUGGAAAUGCUUCUUGUCGACGGGAUGGCCUACCUGGCGCUCUACAUAGGUAUUCGAAUAGGCGACUUCGAUCUGCGCGAGGCCGCACUUCGCAGAAUUGCGCCGCUGUUCUUGGGAUACAACAAAUACAAGUAUCACGACUUGUGUAUCAAACACCUCGCCGACAUAUGUAGGAUGAGUCCUGCCGAGCGUUCGUUCAUGAGCGAAACGUUUAGCUUGUCGCUUUCUGGCACUCCUGGCAAGAACACUGGUCUCGACGAGAUCCAGGAGAUGACAAUGAAUAAGGAGUAUAAAGGUGCGGCGACAGGGACGGAGAUUGGGUACCUCCAGAAGCUCGGCCUCACCCUGCAACGUUUUGCUCGCGCCGUCCAGGAUUUCAAGCAGGCGUUCGGCAGUAGUGUCGUAUACAACCGAAAGAUAUACGCCAGUGCUCACAGGACUAGGUCCGUCGAGAAGAUGUGCGAGAUUCUUACCGACGAGGAAAGCCCUUUUAGGCUGCAGAGCGAGAGUGGUAGGACGGAGAUCAUCUCUGCUGAUGGCCGCACGGCGCUCAAGGUUUUGGAAGAAUCCAUGCUCGCGGCCCCCGAAACCUUGGCACAAAUGUGGGAGAAUGGAGUCAAGGGCGAGUAUGUGCAGCUGAACCCCGACAGGUCAGAUCGUGACGCCCCACGCAAGCAGGUUCGGUUGCCCACUUUCUCUUCGGCACCGGAAGGGAGAAAGUCCAACACGCGGGUUUCCAGCAAAGCAGCUAGGCACAUUGGCGAUCUCAAGCAGUACGUUGCGGCGCUUUCGAAGUCGCGCACAGGUGGCACGCCCAUUGUCGCUGGCCCGCCUCCACAGAUGGGCGACUCCAAGGGCGGGAUGCAGGGGUUUUCGAAGUCCAAAGCCAUUGACAUCGUCAACAAGUUCGCUGAAGACGCAAUCUCCAAACCACCGCCAGCGGACAUCCCCGUUCCACACACGUGCGCCGUCGACAUGGCCACCAUCGUCCACUCAGUCCCGCCCCUGGCGUAUGUCGCAAGCAGAUCGAGAAAUCGUCUACUUACCUGGGAAGCGUAUGCCAGCUACAUUGUGGACCGUCUUCUAUGGCGGCUAUGCUCCAGGGAGGGGAAAAAACUUCAAGGCCGCGUCGUGCGUAUCGUGCUUUGCUUUGACAAGAGGGCAAUGGUGCCCAACCCCAAGAGCUUUGCGCAUAAUGCGCGAGGGUUGUUUCCUGGGGCUAAGUCCAAGAAGAAAAAAUCUGGGCCCUUGUACACGCGAGCGCCGUACCGUUUCGGUUUGGGAGACAAGACGCCGCCGUCUUCAGAAUGGCAGGAGUUCCUGAAGAACCGGCAAAACCGCGAUGGUGUGUGUUCGGUGUUGUGUCAGUAUAUUCGUCGGCAACUUGGCCGCAUUCGUCAGAAAAAGGCAGCCGGCAUUCAGUUGGAGUGGGCAGAGCACUGCAUAAAUGAAAUGCGCCUACGGAUCGACGGAGAGCCCUUGCUGUCCCCGGACUUCUCCACGACAACCGGGUACAAAUCAUGGUACAACGACGUGGACGGUGCGGAAAUUCCGGAAGAAAAGGAUAACGGCUUAGGGGAGGGGGAACUCCAGGCACUUCACCACGUGUACCAAGUUUGCUUACAACAGCAGUCGAGGGAGGGUAGCCGCGAGGGGCAGGAGGCGGGCGUGCGAGAACCGGUCAGAGUGGAGGUAGUUUCCGUGGACACGGACGUUUGGGUUGCAGCUCUCCUCGCGUACGCUGCGCAUCCGUGGACUCGAAACGUGCGUGUAGUGGUGCGAAAGCAGAGCGGGUUAUACGACCAAGCCGCCGUUACCUGCGUCGACGUACUUGAGCUAUUCAACGCGCUGACGAGAUUAACGAGUUGGCCAAGUGCAUUCACCCCCUUGCAGAAGUGCUUGCCUGUCAUCGCCGCCUACAUGCUUUGCGGAACCGAUUUCACCCCGACAUUUUUUGGGUUCACUUCGUUUUUUAUGUUCCAGUCGUAUUUCGAGUAUGUCAAGAACCCCGAGAACCAUCGGUUUCUAAAGGCCCUGGGUGAGCAUGCAGUGAAGGAUGGAGCGGUUGCCGGGGUGGCUUUGGAAAGGGAAGAGCUGAUUAAGUUUGUCGCCCUCGCUUACUUUAAGAAGUACCAGGCAUCGUUUUUGUAUCCACCCGGGCACCAAGUAGAGCCUAUUGUUGAUCCAAAGAAACGCAACGGAGCGGUAGAUGAAACGAAGGCAUGGGUUGAUGCGAUCCACGUACGCACGUCCGAAGCGGCUUACGGCCAAGGGAAGGUCAGAGAGGCUGCCCCUAAUUACGAUGUUCUCGACCUCUGUGUGCUUCGGAUGGAAUGGCUGGUAGAAUAUUGGCUUUCUAUUGUGCCCGUUAGUGCUGCAGGCUCGGAACCCUCUGAAAACUAUCCCAUUGCAGUUCCCGAGUGGAACAACAAGGGGUACUUGAAGGACCCAGAAGUAGACGGAUGUUGUAAGAUGUUGUUGCGCAGAGAGCCGAAGGUAACCAUCUGGCCGGGCGGGGUCGAGACGGUGAAAUGUAGAUGUUCUGAUGUACCGGGAAGGGGCCAAUGCACGAGCUGCGUCUGCAAACAGAAAGGGUCAAUUUGCUCAGAGCUGUGCAAAUGUAAACGAGCUUGUUGCGUGGAAGAGACUAACCCUAGUGCCAUGCUAUUCGAUAUCGGUGGGGGUGAAUCGACAGAAGGGGAGAGCGACGACGACCAAUCCGAUGAUGAUGAUGUUUUGCCUGGUGUGGGCGGUGCGGGCGGGGGUAUAAGUAUUGGUGGGUUUCGCGAGGAUGAUAUUGCAGAGUACGAGCAGCGCGACCAGAUGGAUUGGACCAGUCGACGAGAGCAGUUGGUUGUAUCGCCGGGCGAACCGGUUGCUGCCUCGUGGGGGGCAGGGACAAAUGAAAGGUCUGUGUAGGUGUGGAGAAAAAAAAAAAAAGGGAAAUGUACGUGUUUCGAGCCGGAACAUCACGUGGAGUCGAAGGUGCUGCAAAUGUUCUACAUCGACGUAUUUCAGGUCGAGGAACAGUAUACACCACUUGCUCACGUGGUGCACCCACCCGCCAACACGUCCAAAACGGGUACGCGAACAGCCCCCACGCUAACUUGCAUUGUGUCCUUCAGCACCGAAGAUUCCGUGUGGCUUUUGACUCCCAUCACGAAGGCAUUGAACCGCGGGGGCGGCUCUGCAUUAUUCUACGUUUUUUUUGGAGGGCGAGAAGCAGCAGUAGUCGGCAGCGCGGAACACGAUGGUAUAGACCAUUCUUCACUCAACCAGAAUCACCAAAAAAACAACUUUUCUCAACGCCAGGGCGCCCUGCGCCCUUCCUACACGCACCCCUAUUUAGGGCAGAACACGAGCCUCGACCCCCUACUGUCGCCGCAGCAGCCUCCAUCGGUGUACCACACACCCCAAAAUUCUCCGACUUUCACGUGGUGAACACGUGUGUACUUGGCCCUCCGUAAAAAAACGCACACAGCCGGGGGGUUAUCUAGAAGCCAACCACCACGGUCGGCACAGGGCUCUAGGAACGACAGCGGCAAUUUCAGCGCCGCGCCUUUCGUCGCUACCGCCAAAGCCGCCCUCACAAACCCCACUGCACCCUUGUAUGGAGGGCUCGUGACGACCCAGUCAGGUCGCUUUCCGGGGUUGGCUUUGACAAAAUCAUCCGGAAAAGAAAGCAAGCUUGCGUCCAGGUUGGUACCUGGCGAGAGCCUUCUCACGUCGUUCGUGAGAACUUCACACGUGCCGCCAAACCCCAUUGCCACCGCGUCGUCAGGUCCGCCGCACAUGUCCAAAACACAACCCGUUAUAGCAACAGCAUCCCGCAAGGCGUCCACCGCCUCAGGCGAAGUACAGUACCGAUCAAACCGCCGGCGUUUGUGGUGCGUGACAGGUUCAGGAGCGGCGCUCCAGGUCCGGCUGUGGCGCGGCGUCUGCUUUGCCUUCCGCGCUACGCGUUCCCUGCUCCGCGCCCACUCGUGCUUCUUGUACAGCUCCAGCAGACAACCCGAACGUUUACAUAGAGCGAACAAGUUUGGGCCCGCGGCUCCCGACUGAAAGCCGGGAAACCUGUCUGCUAACCCAGCCUCGUCUACAAAGCUCCGAAGCAAUUCUCCUGUCCUAGCCCUAGUCUGCCUGAAGUCUUCUCCGCAUUCCAGGCAUGCGCUACAUCGGCGGCUGCUGCUGCUCUGCAUGAUUUGUAGGCAGAAAGACCUGUCGAAAUUUGGAAGAUACACAAUCAAGGGCGCGGCCACGUGCGCCAUGGAUGUUUGGCAAGCUAUCCACUACAUGAUCAUCCCAUGAACCAUGGUCAGCAAGCUGCAAAGCUGUGAGGCACUCAACGUCUGCUGCGUAUCAGCGACCGUACCUGUCCUGUUUUCGAGGUUCCGCCGCGUUUUGUAGACAACCCUCGGCAAGGAUGAUUACGCAUCCUGUAGUGCUGAUCCGAAUUUUUACCAGGGUGUCUUCGAUACCUAACCCACCAAGAAGUACAGCCUCCGAGUAUCCCGCGAUUUGAUCAACUCUACGAGGUAGUAACUUGGAGCCGAAGGUGCCCUUCCCAACGCGGCGCAACUAAGUUGAACAAUGUCACUCAACACGUUUCCGCAGCUCUUUUCUCUCAUUCAAGGGAUGAAAUGGAACAAUGAACCACUCACGGGUGUAGGAUGCAAUGUUUCUGGGGUUCCUGCAAAGUUUCGUGUCGGUCUCUGCUCUGAGCGUGAAGAACGGUGUGGUUGAGUGAGCCCAGUUGUGCCGGCCGUCGCCGCGGGGCUCCGGCCGGUGGCGUCAACAACGAGGGUACCCUAUAUUGAUUUUUGGCCGGACUUUUCUGCGUUUUGGGCCCCCAGCAACGCCUGUGGCCCGGGAAUUCCCGGGCGCCGUCGUGAAGAGCAGCGGCUCCGUAACAUCGAACGUUGUGCGCUACCCUCUCAUAGUAUUGUAAAAAUACUGUGUGCGUUACCCCUCCACGUCCUUGCGAGCGGGUGUGCCUCGGUCCUGUAGAACAGCAGUGGUUAUUGUAGCAGACAGAGCGUUCGCGCACGGCGGCUUGGGAACAUGCUGCAAGAUGGCGUUCCUGGUCUCUACCGCAAGCCUUCUCUGCGUCCAGAUCGAGCUGAACGCAGAGCGAGAGAGGUAUUAUAUUGGUUCAUACCAACGACGGUGAUAUACAUGCCUGGCCUACUGGCGCCCCACGACAGUAGGGCACCACCGGGGCAGAUGGUAUAAAUUCGUCCAGGGUGGAGAGGUUGUACGCUAGCGUGGGACUUGUGAAUCGAAUUACUACCGUAGGAGAAACGUUUUGAGCUACUACUCGUGUAGGCUUGCAACCUCAGCCCUCCUCGGCUUUGACACGCGGCCUGCCAUCUAUCCAUCUCCAUGAUGUUAACGCUCGAUCUUUGCUCUUCCCUUGGUGCAUAGGGUAACUCACAGCUGAACAAUCACACGGUGCCGACAGGCACUUAUCCAGAAUGUAGUUUUUCUGCAUGCGCCAUUUAUUUUCAACCUGGGUACACACUGCUGGGCUACUGCUUUCGUUCCCAACAGAGGUGCCGAGGAUAGGAAAAGGAGCUUGUGCUGAACGAACGUGCCCUGUUGUUUUGCAUUGUUGUUGUUGUCUUCACAUUAAAAACCAUCCCGGUCUCUCUAUCCAGUACCUCCUUCUGUCUCAAAUCUCUCCGUACUAAUCCAGCACUUGACUCGGUCAAUUUCCGUAGUCACAGGCUCACGUACCUAGAAAAGGUAUACCAAAAUAAAAUAAACCCCAAGGGUUAGCAGAGCGAUAAAAUACAAGAAAACAAAAGAAUCAGAAACAAAUAAAUAACUAAUUAGUGGAACGUGCGCACCACCAGCCUGGGGGGUAGCCUUCCGGAAGGACCCCAAGGGUCAGCAGUACGUGCCAGUAAAAAAAACAAAACAAAAUAAAACGAAACAAACCAAAGACAGACGAGGACAUAAACAAACUCGCACAAAGCCAGGGAUAUCCG